AUGGUCCCGUCGCAGCCGCUGCCGGACCACCUGCAGGAUACGCUCAGGUUCUCUCCCCGGUCUAUUCCUAGACUCGAAGAGGUUGAGGAAGAUGAGAAGAAUUGGGAUACGGCAUCACGUCUAGUAGCUCCAGAUUCACCGGCGUCCUAUCGAUUUGCGCAUUCGCGAGAUUCCUCCAUCGAAAAGAUCCCUCAGACGAACCCCCCCUUGGUCUCCCCACGACUACACGGAACACACUCGAGAAGCCCCCUUGGCGGCGUUGUUGAACGAAUUAUCGACCCCAAGAGCGCCGCAUACGGCCACCAUCGUCAAACCUCAAUUGUCCACGGCAUCCAACACUCGAGAAAUGGCAGCUUGGCCAGCAUCAGCUCCAGUCAUCCCCUCAGCCCGCAGAUGAUUGCAGCCGCCGGCGUCGGCUUCGAUCGCCCAGAUAUGCAAUCGGUAGCCACCCGUAUCGAUGGCGACGCCGGCUAUCCUUCACGGCCACCUACAUCUCUCUCCGGAAACGCUGCAACCAUGGACCGCCCCAAUGCCACCGAUGCUCCCUACGGCCUGACCCCACGAAAACUCGAACGAAUACAUAGCAAAUCGCGACGCGAUCAUACCCCCCACCACUCUCAUUCGUCUCGACAUGAGCAAAAGACCGUCGGCGAAUAUGCGCUGCAUGUUUUGUUCACCUCGUUUAUUGCCCAAGCUGAAGAAAAGUUGACGGAAUGUGUCACGGUCCCCUUCGACCCGGAACCCAAUGUCGAACAAGUAUGCGGCCCAGGUGUCGACCCAGCCUUCGAUCAAUUGAUUGUUGCGUUGGGCCAUAUUGCUAGCCCCAGACCGAAAGCCUUAAUAGAUUCAAUGAUGCUAUGGAGGAAAAGUAAAAGCGAUGCCGCCAACGAAGCAAGAAGUCAUCUUCAGCAAUCUCGGAGCGCUGUGCCUGGGACCCCCCUUUUACGAAGAAACACAGAGCCAGUGCAGGCCGUGAUACCUGGCCAAGGAGGCCCUGAUUCUGUUUUCCCAAAUGGCCCACCAACACUUGCAGCAAGACAAGAAUUUGUGGCUCAAGCUGAACGCCGGUCGACAGUAUCUAUAUACAUUCUUUGUCGCGUCCUUCUCGAGGUUAUCAGCCAGAGCAACCUGCCAUCUAUCACCCCGGAAAUGGAAGAAAAGUUGGAAAAUAUCAUUUUUGGACAGCUGAAAAUUGCGGACACUGAGCAGUUGAUGGUAUCGCCUCUUAAGCUUGCCAACUGGAAUCUUUUUGCCCAAUUGCUUGGACACAUGAGUGGCAUCAAUUUUGGUGGUGUUACCAGAAGGUUCAUCGAAGACUUGGACGGCUCGCUCCAGGAACGUGUUAUCAAGAGUUCGACCUCAUCAUUCAGUCGAGAUGUUGAUGGAAAGGUGGAACUUGUGCUGGGGGGUAUGAAGCACCUGAAGCUCAAGAUCUCACCUGAAGAGUCUUGGGAGCAGUCUUGCGAUUUUCUCAUCUCGCUCGGACGGCUCUUCCAGAAAUCCCAUGGCCAGAAAGUCAAGACAGCAUUUUGCCAGGUUAUAGAGAUGCUACUCCUUCCAAUCGCAGCAAAGGCAAGCAAUAGCCAUUUCAUGCAUCCAAAAUGGGCUGGAGUACUCGCUGCUGUUGGACCACGCCUGGCUCAAAUGUUUAUGAAACCUAGACAUUGGAACUUUGCAUUCCCGCUGACUGCAACUUUACUUUGUGUUUCUUCUCCGGAUAAUUUUGGAUCACAAUGGCUGCAAUUGAUAUUGCCCCUACAGACCAAGGUCAAGGAUCGAGCCACUAAGCCUCUCUGCCUUCAAGUCAUCUCUCGCUUACUGUGGACAUACUUGUAUCGCACUGACGAAACCUUCCAAGGCAGCCUGCGCAAGAUCGACGAGGUCAUGAAGCUUGUUUUGCCCUCAUCCAAACGAAGUCUGGUAGCGUCUGAUACUCCUUGCACUGAACCCUUGAUCCAAAUCAUCCGAAUCGUUGGCUUCAAGUAUCCAGAAUACUGUUUUAGGAAUGUCGUGUUUCCCCUUAUCAAUGCUGAGCUGUUCACUUCCAACAAAGAACUGAAGGUGGAGCAGUUGGAUCCUGAUAGAGUCGUCGUCGGCAUCAGAGCCUUUCUCAUAAUCAUGUCGGAUCUUGAGAAGGGAGAACAAGGACGACCUCCGUUCCCUCAGUUCUUUGAAACCUCGAAUUCGAAUCCAGUGCAUGAUAGGUUCCCUGUCUCCCCUGCGACGUCAUCUCCUCGCAACUCCCCCCUAUCACAGCCAACUGCGGCUUCGAAAGAGGAAUACAUAACGCGACCGGUCUUAACCCAUGUCUUGAACGAUGGUGUUAGGGACUUCUAUCUCAAAUUUUGUGAGAUUCUUGGUAAAAUUACGAUUAUAUGUGAUAAUACUUUUGGUGGACAAGCGGCUCUCGAUGAGAAGUUCAGCAGCCCCCUACCGAAAACCCCCAUUACCGACACCUUCACUUUCUCCCGUAAAGAUGAUCACCAGAAUGCUGCAGACCAGAAGCAAGCGUUCUAUGAACUUCUUCAUGUCGCCGUCCAGGCACUACCUCGGUGUUUAUCUGUUGACAUACCUUUCAACUCCCUAAUCAACUUGCUGUGUACUGGAACUGCUCAUGUGCAGUACAACAUUGCCGAGUCUUCAGCCAAUUCUUUAAAAGCCAUUGCGAGACAGUCACAUGCUCAACAGGUUACUAUGGGCUUUGCUCGUUUUAUCUUCAAUUUUGACGAUCGGUACUCAACAAUGUCUGAUGGCGGUAUGCUUGGUCAUAGUCAUAUUGAGAACACCUUGCGCUUAUACGUUGAGCUGUUGCAAAUAUGGAUUGAGGAGAUUAGGCAAAAGACUAGAGACGCUGCUACAGAUCAACCAGAAGCCAAGGCCUCGGACAAGCGAGCCAUUAAGCUUGAUAUCUCUAGCAUUUGGGCAGAGGUUGAUCAAGCUGAAGCCCACGGGUUAUUCUUCCUUUGUUCACAGUCACGACGAGUUCGCCAUUUUGCGGUCACAGUGCUUCGCUUGAUCGUCGAAUUCGACAAAGCUCUUGGGAAGGAAGCAUCUGAGGACAAGGAUUCCAUGAGGCUCAUCGAUAUUCUAGAAAAUGAAUCCAGUCAGGUGAUGGAUUUUAGCGAUGAGCAGCUAUCUGUUGCUGAACGAAGCCGAUUACAACGAGGGUUGCAAAACACCAACAAUCAAGGUUGCCUUGUUGAACUCUGUGCCAGCGAUGUUUCCUACGAUACGACGUUGUGGUUCAAGAUCUUCCCAAAACUCAUUCGGAUGUCCUACGAGAGAUGUCCUUUUACUGUCACCAUUUGUCGUGAUCUUAUCUGCAAUCGGAUUCUGCAGAUGUACAAGUCGAUUGUAUACCUUUCCGAGCCUUCUAGAGGCUUGUAUUACAAUAACGAACCUGGAAGUGCUAGGCUUGGUGCACGAUCUGCAACAACGCACCCUGAGGUGAUGGUGGAGCAAUGGAAGCUGUACCUCAUAUUCGCUUGCACUACACUGGCAGAUCCAGGUGCUUUACCAACUGCUCAAGAUCCUCAGCAUGUCCGAAAAGCUUCCAAGGCAUCUUCUAAAGACAAGAUUGUGACAGCUCGAAUGCUGUUUAAGUACCUUAUUCCUCUGCUAUCUGUCUCGUCCGCAUCUGUUCGAGAUGCUGUUGUUGUUGCCAUGGGUUCUAUCAACAUUCAUAUUUACCGAACUCUACUUGAGGAACUUCAAGGUCAGGUAUCUCGAUGUAAUGAUGAGGCGCGGGCUCGAAUACAUCAAAGAACAAACAGCAAUCCUAGGAGGAACAGAAAGAUGGACCUUCUCAGAACUGAGAUCACCCAUGUCUUUAAGCUCACUUCGCAUUUCAUCAGCGAGCCAGAGGUUUACAAUGGCGAGUUCUUUUUAACUACUCUCACUACAUACACCAAAGAUCUGAAACUUUUCCUGAUGGAUGGAGAAGUGCAAAUGGAUUGGGAGUUUCAGAAGCUCCGGCGUCAUUACUGUGGACUCAUGGAAGCGCUUUUCGAAGGUAUCAACAGGACCAAAGAUCCAUCCAGAUGGAUGACUUUUGAAUCUCGAAAAUCGGCCUUCUCACUCAUGGAAGACUGGUGCGGGUUUUCCCCGAAUCAAAAUCAGAUCCGUGCCCGUGAGGAUACAAUGCGCCAAUCGCUGAUUGACCAACAGACACUAGGCGAGAGAGGUACUGCGACAGCCGCAAUGGAGAUAGAGAAGAGGAACCUGCGGACCGCAGCACUCAGCGCCAUGGCUGCUUUGUGUGGGGGACCAAUCAGUGUUACAACCGAGAGUAAUGUGGUUCUUCAAUUCGACGUUCGACGCAUGCUUGCUUGGAUCGACUCCAUCUUCAACUCUGGAAGCGAUAAGAUGAACGUUAUUGGCCGAAGAGCUCUGCAGAACCUUAUCGUCCAUAACCAGGAGGUACCCUACCUCCUAGAGCACUGUAUUGCGCGAUGCUACCUGGCAGAAGCUCCCAAGGUGCUCGAAAGCUAUUUCACGGUUGUUACGCAAGUUCUUCAGGACCAUCUUGACUAUCCCUGUCCAUUCUGGAAGUUGCUUGGCCUCUGUUUAUUCACGCUGGGUAAUGACCAGAGCGAGAUUAGAUCCAAAUCUGCGUCUGUUCUUCGUGCGUUGGAGACGCGGCAACAGAGAAACUCGAAGAUUCAAGAUUUCGAUAUUAGCAUCUCGGACAAAACGCAAGCGGUAUACAAACUAGCCCAGUUUGAGAUCUCUACACGACUUGCUAAGCAGCAUACGGAAUUGGCUUUUCACAUUUUCUCCGAGUUCACCCUCUACUUCAAAGAAUUGCAGCCUGCAGCUCAGCGAAACGUAGUUGCAGUUAUGCUGCCCUGGAUUCAGUCUAUCGAGUUAAAGUUGGACCCAAGUGGCGGGCCUGCAGCGCAGUCGUUCGUACUACUCGCGAACCUCCUCGAGAUCACUAUCAAAUCUAGUGGCGCGCUGCACAAUGAAGUCCAAGCCCUUUGGCAGGCUCUUGCAACAGGACCUUAUCCAGGAAAUGUUCGCUUGGUUCUUGAGUUCAUCAUGCAGCUUUGUCUUGAGCGCCGAGAGCAGAACUUUGUGGAAUACGCCAAGCAAAUCGUUGUUUUCCUCUCAACAACGAACAGCACGCCUGGCAUCAAGGUUGUGGAGUUCCUCCUCAUGCAGAUAACGCCAAAGGCAAUGGUACCAAACGAAAAACGAGAUGCUGUCGAGCCACCGGCUGAUAUCAAUCUCUUGCCAUAUUGUGCCGAUUUGGCCGAGGCUCUUCCAGUCGGAACGAAGCAGGCUGGGUUUUCACUCGGCCAACUUUCCUUGAUUUUGCUGGUGGACUUGAUGGUAUCUCCCGUUCAUCUCACUCAAGAGAAUGUUCCCCUUUUGCUCCAGGUUGUCACUGUUCUGUGGGAUCAUUACACGCCACUGGUACAGGAGCAGGCACGAGAGAUGCUCGUACAUCUUAUUCAUGAAGUGGUAAUUUCACAGAUUGAUGAUCAGACUCCGGACACUAACAGGAAAGCCAUCGAAGAUUUGAUCGACUUGAUUCGUAGCCACGAUCGCUCUGUCGUGUGGGGAUAUGAGGAUAGCAACGGCAAGGUUGACAACCAUGACAGUAAGGUACCGCCAAGCAUGGAGUUCCUCACGUCGGAAGUCAUCAAAACGUUUGAGAUGACGUUCCCCAGAAUCAAAGAGCAUUGGGGGCGACUGUCGUUGACCUGGGCCACGUCUUGCCCUGUUCGACACCUUGCUUGCCGAUCAUUCCAAAUAUUUAGAUGUGUUCUCACGUCUGUGGACCAGCCAAUGCUUGGAGAUAUGCUCGCACGAUUGUCGAACACUAUUGCUGAUGAUGACCCCGAGAUUCAAUCGUUUUCUAUGGAGAUCUUGACGACUUUGAAGACCAUCAUCGUUACGCUUGAGCCGGAUGACCUUCUCAGCUUCCCACAACUAUUCUGGACCACAUGUGCUUGUCUGGAGUCUAUCAACGAGCGUGAAUUCUUAGAAGCAGUUGAGAUGCUCAACAGGUUUCUUACCAAACUGGAUCUGAGCUCACCUAACGUCCGUCGUAUACUUGCCGAUGGCCAACCGGCUCGUUGGGAAGGACUGUUCGAAGGAAUACAGCCUCUGCUUCAUAAGGGACUGAGGUCCUCUCUUUGUUGGCAACCGACCCUUGACACGAUAGACAAGCUGGUGCUUCUACCGAGUGAUGGUCUAGUCGGUGAUGAGAGUCGCUUGUUCUUCUCGUUACUUGCCAACUUCCCUCGCUUCUUACACGAACUUGAGAAGCCGAGUGCGGAUGAAAGUGUUAUUCAAACAGCGAGACUGCUCCAGGAAGAAGCUGACAAUCAGGGCUUGGCUGGCAUCGCUAUGGCUCUGGACGACUUCGCUUUGGGGAGCCCUCAAGACAGUAACAAAGACUUCAUCGUCGAGUUAUGGGGAUCCUUACGCGAAUACUAUCUCCCCAACAUGGAUUUCCAGAUGGUGACCUUCCUGACCGGAAUGCUUACCAACUCUUUGUCAUGGGUAAAGGUUCAAACCAUGAGAAUCUUGUGUGUUGCGAUCCCGGAAGUGGACAUGCGUAAACCGGAAUUAGCUGGCCAUGGGUCCGAUCUGAUCUCGCCACUGCUUCGUCUGCUGCAGACAGAAUUCUGCAUGGAAGCGCUCGAAGUACUGGAUAACAUCAUGACCAUGUCAGGAAACCAGAUGGACAAGCAUCAUUUGAGGAUGAGCAUGACACGACCGACCUCGAGAGCGAUUCGAAAGGAAUAUGAGCGAACGCAGAGUCUGUUUGGAAUACCUGAGGCAUCGGGCUGGGCCAUUCCCGUACCAGCAAAGAAGACGGAUGCAACGCGAGCCAAUAUCCAUGCAGCUUUCUACACUUGCCAAGGAUCAGAAGGGAUGCUGACUGAAACUUCACCUACCCCUGACGUGGAGUUCCAUGCCGACGACUUCCCUUACAACUACUUUGGUGCACCUGAACGAACUGAGACGAUGCUGUCCGAUGAAGGUCGGGGUGACCACUCAGGUGAUCUCGCAUUCAAGCUGGAUAGUCUUGAUGAUUUCUUCGAAGAGCCAUCCAGCCCUACCACCGAUGAUGAUGGGCGGUCUUCGAGAACAAUCACAGAAUACACCCCGGAGUCAUUUGAGACUGGAGCUGAGCUUUACGAUGAACAGAUUCUCCCUAUUCUACAUGAAGCCUCAAACAAUACGUCGUUCCAGAACGGAUUCUCCGAUCGGUCUCCCGGCAUAAUAUCUCCAGGUUUACUGUCGAGAGAAACCAGCUCGAAUACCAUGAACCCAGGUGCCUUCAGUGUGGUCAUUCCUAACAUGCGUCCAGGGCUUCAUGCAAGGUCUGUUACGUCGCCUUCUGCUCCAGCUUCUUACCAACCACAAAUCGGUGAAAUCGUUUCCGAUGAUGAGUAUGUAGGCGGGUUCUCGGACGCUGACGAUGAGAGGCCCGGGACAGGGCAUACCGAAAGUGCUUUCUACCUGGAGAACAUGAUCAAACCCACGACGCGAAGGCCGACAUCAAGGUUGAGGCGUGGUCCAAGCAGCCGUUCGCGCGAUGAGCGAAGUAGGGAAAAGGCACCGCCACAGCCAGCGUCACGCUUAGCAAACAGCAUAUUCCCACCAGGGAUGCAAGAUCAUGGAGAAGGCGAGAUGUUAUGA